UUGUAACGACCUCCUUAUAGCUCAACGUACUGGUUUGAAACAUUGUUGUAUUAAAGGACCUUCAACAUUCAUUUCAUGACCGUACUGCUAGCAUUGCUUUCUUUCUCUAUCAUCUGUGAAAUCGGGUUAGCGAGGUGGUAGUGGAAACUCGAUCUGUGCUGUAUAAGCAAUCAUGAACGCCGAAGAGGGCAAGCUGGUGGUCCGGGGGCGUGCCGAGAUUGACACUAGGGCGCCUUUCAGGUCUGUUAAGGAAGCAGUGAUGUUGUUUGGAGAAAGAGUUUUAGUUGGGGAGAUCUAUGGCAACAAGCUCAAAGAGAUUGGAGCUGCAGGAGCAAAUGAGAAUGGACGCACUCAAUCCCAAGUUGAAAUCUUAACCGCUGAGCUUAAAGAAACAAAGCAAAAUCUGGAGAAAGCCAGAGAAGAAAACAAGGAAAUGGCAUACUGCAUAAAGUCCCUCAGAGAUGAUCUUGACCAUGCAAGGAGAGAGCUGUAUAACUACUUGAAAGCAAAAGAGCAGUUUCAAAAGCAGUCAAUUGAUCAUCAGGAUCCCGAGAUCGAAGACUUUAAAUUCAUCGAAAAUGCAACGGAUCAGUUUGAAACUAAGAGGGAAUUGAACCAAAAUGAAGAGGAGUUUCAGAAGAAAAGAUAUGUGAAAUUUGCAAGUCCUCCUUCACUUGCUCAAGUCAUUGUUAACAAAGAGGAAAUGCAAGGAGAGGGGCUGAGGGACCCAUCUUUUAAGAAGAUGAACAAGAAGAAGCCUCUAAUAGGGUGGCUUUUCAACAAAAACAAGGCCCUUCAAGGAGGGUCUCCAAGAUCAGGCUGAUGCUCUCAGCAGAUUAAGCAAAAUAUGAAGUAAAUGUAUUCUCUUUCUUUUUUUCUUUUUUGUCUUCAAGAUGUACUAUAACGUUUGUCCUCGGUCAUGAGCAAUAUCACUACCACUUUUUGUGUCAUAUGAGGAGAAAAUAGGGAGGACUUGAAAGAAAUCAAAGGCU